AUGCCCAUCUCCAAGAAGGACCGUAUCCACCGCGAGCACAAGAAGGCCGAGGCCGCCGGCACCCGUGUCCCCGUCCACGCCAACGGCACCCCUGUCAAGCCCAAGAAGGCCACUUCAAUUUGCGCCUUCUGCAAGAAGGAGUUGCAUACUCUAGNNACCAGCUCCAACCUUGCCGUCCUCGAGCAGCAUGCAUCCACCCACCCCGACGUCUGGACCAAGGAGAAGUGCUGGCCCAACGAGUUCAAGUGA